UCUCCCUCCCUCUAUCUCUCUUUCUCUCCUCUCCCGUGGAAGAAAGGUGGGAGAAAUAUCCGGGAACCAAGUCCACUUCUAACUACUUUUCUUAAAGAUCAGAGGCAGAAGGCCAUCUGAAAAAGGUCAAGUUUUGUUGAAGUGAUAAAAAAAAGGAAAUGAUGAACUGCCACUUUGAAGAGUUUAGGAUUCACACCACUUUGAAGAGUUUUAGCCACUCGUUGCACCAAGAAGAAAAGCCACAUCUCACCUAAAGUGCUGCAUAGCCAUUAAAGAAGAAGAGUUAAGUGGUAACUUGUAACGAAGAUUACAAGGGUGCCAUAUAUAGGACCACCAAGCGGCGGCUGUUAGUCUAAUCAUCUGCUACGGAAGUAAGAGAAGAAGAUUAUUGGUUCCUUUGGAUGAUCUCUCUCUCUCUCUCUCUCUCCCCCUCCUCCUUCCUCUUCCUUUCAGAACUGGAACUUUUUGAGGUGAAGAUGGGCUCCCUUACGUGAGCUCACCCCUUAAUAGCAUAAAAAAAAUUUCCCUGAACAUAUCGGAUCCGUAGAGCCCACAUCCUACCUCCCCAAGAUCACAACUUAUAUAUAUAUAUAUUAUACGAUAUAAACCAACUAAAUAUUUUUUUUCUUUUUCUGGCCUUGCUCUUCAUUAUCUCUUCAGAUAUCAUCUCCUCAGUUAAAUUUCAAAAGCAAAACUUGCAAUUCACUAUGUCACAAGAUUCCCACUACCUCCACCAUCACCAACACCACUACCCAUUCAACAAUAUCUCAGCCAUCAAUAACCACUCGUCGAUGAACAACUUUGAGCCGACCGCCGCCGGUAACCAUGAUCCCUUCACUCUGAACAUGCCAACUCCAAACUUGAGAGGUUUUGUACCCGAGACAGCUCCGAUCGCUUGGCCAGGAGAAAACUCUUCUAUGAUGAGACCCAUUCACACGAACCAAGUUCAAAGCCUCUCUCUAUCCCUCUUCAACCCUCCUCAACCUCCUUCAUUCCAAAUAUCAUCACACCAUCCUUUUCAAAUAAAAAGUUGCAAGUAUCUUCUUCCAGCCCAGGAACUCUUAAAUGAAUUCUGUAGCCUUGGAGUAGGAAACAACCUCAAGACGAAGAACAGUAAUAAAUUGCAGGAUGAGUCAAGCGCUUCUUGGAGCCAACAGGCGCUGUACGCGAUGGAACCAUUGGAGCUGCAAAGGAGAAAGGCAAAGCUUUUCACCAUGCUAGAAGAGGUGGAUAGGAGGUAUAAGAAAUAUAGCGAGCAGAUGAAGGCUGUGGUAUCCACGUUCGAGGAGAUUGCCGGCGGUGGUGCGGCGAGAACAUACUCAAUGCUGGCUUGGAAGGCAAUGUCAAGACACUUUAGAUGCUUGAGGGAUGGUAUAAGUGGACAGAUCAAGGCAAUACGGAAGGCCAUGGGAGAGAAGGAUGGGGGUAUCACAUCAGGUUUGACGAGGGGAGAAACUCCAAGGCUGAAAGUUAUUGACCAGUGCUUAAGGCAGCAAAAGGCAUUUCAACAUCCUUCAGGAACGAUGGAGUCUCAUCCAUGGAGACCGCAGCGUGGCCUCCCUGAACGCUCGGUUUCAGUCCUCAGGGCCUGGCUUUUUGAGCACUUUUUGCAUCCGUACCCAAGUGAUGUUGACAAACAUAUUUUAGCUCGACAAACUGGCCUAUCUAGAAGCCAGGUCUCCAAUUGGUUCAUAAAUGCUAGGGUGAGACUGUGGAAGCCAAUGGUGGAAGAGAUGUACUUGGAAGAGCUGAAUGAGGAGACGAAAAUAUGCCAAUCCUCCCAUGCAACCUCCAUGCAAGAAGGAGACAGCAACAACCAACAUAGCUCAAACCCUAACCUUAGCUCUUCUUCAGAACCACAUUUUGAUCAAGGUCGAAAGUCUGGCAUGCUUGGCCAUCUCCACCAUCUUGAUGAGCCACAUUCUCUCACAUCAAUCAUCAGCACCGUGCACACUCAUAAUCACCCCAACCCCAACCCUAACCUUAACCAGAAUUUUGACAACCUUGAUGUUGAUCACUUUGAUUCCUACCAUGGCCAGGAGCUCACACUUGGCCUGCAGCACCAUGAAGGCGAUGCAAUGCAGUUCUCAGUACUCGUGGGGGAGGGACAAAGCAUUCCUUAUAGGAACUUGAUGGGAGCUCAGCUUCUACGUGAUUUGACUGGUUAGAGAAAGCAAAGUAAAUUUUGCAGAUAUACAUUAAGUAUGCCACCAGCUUCGAAAUUUUUUGUAUCAAAUGACAUUAUGAUAUAAGGAUGUAUAAUCAUGGGUUUAUUACAUGGAAUGUAUUCUAGUAUAAAAUGCAUAUAGUCAAAUGUCUUCUAUAAAUAAAACUAUGUCUUCUAUUU